UCGGACCGGCAACCACAACCACCAACAUAUCCAUCGCAAGCUACUCGCAGCCAAAUACCCAAAAAGCUUCUACAAAGAGAAGGAAGAGAUACAAAACAAGAAAAUAUUGAGACGAGACAAGGGAGGAAGAAAGAGGAGAGCGAAGCCUCCCUUCCUCCUGUAUCUCUCAAUCCAACUGGAAGGAACAUCCGUUGAAUAAAACGUUCUCCUUCUCUUCUUCCAAGCAAUUUAUAAAAUCUUUUCCUGCUCAAAACCAUACUACUAUGUAUUUUGGAUAUUCUUGUCUCUCUCAUACAUAUCUAUAGAAUUUGUUGGUAUAAUCAACAAGGCCUCUAGAAAAUAUGAGUAAGCUCGCCAUGAAGUCAUCCUCUGAAUCACUUCCUUUGCCCCUUGGAGAACUUUCAAACGAUUCUACUUUGGAAGAAGAACACACCAUGCAUGUCUCUCUCUCUCUCUCUCUUAUUUCAGCUGCAAGGGCAGAUGCGAAGCUAUUAUUGAACUUGAUCCACGAUCACACCCAUGCAUCUAAAGAAGACGACGUCCGGAAGCCGCAACGUGUCACCGGGAUGAUGGCCAUCUUCGACGACAUAAAAUCUCGGCUCGACAGAUAUCAAGUCCCCAGGAAGAGAGAGGCUGAGCUCCGGCGGUGCAACACCGACCUCAGGCGUGGCUUUCCACCCAAGGAGAAGAAGCCUCAGGACCGGAUCGCCGAGGAGAACUGUAAGCUCCGGAAGGAGCUUAACUCGAGCAUGACGGCCCGCAAGAACCUCGAGAGCAUGUUCGCGAGCUUGGGGAAGGAGAAGGCCAUCAUGGCCGCCGAGCUCGCUCGGAAGGUGCAAGAGCUCAUUGAUACGGAGGAGCUCCUCGACGACCUCAAGGCACAGAAUGAGACGUUAACAGAGAAGGUGAAGGCCUGCGUAGCCGAACACAAGGCAAGGAGGAACAGCAUCGGCAUCCCCGGCGACUCGCCGCUGCAGGAGCGAAACAAGGUGCUGUCGGAGCAGCUGCUGAAGUCGUUGGAUGGGUAUCGAUCGAUGAAGAGGAAACUGAAGGAAGCUCAAGAGGAGAAUGCUAGAAUUGCUUCUAAAAUGGCAGCGGCGGCGGCGGAGGUGGCGGCGGGCAUCGAGAUGAUUCAUGGCUUGCGUGAAAGGAUCGGUAAGGGCGGCGAGGGGGUGGCGGGGAUCGACGAGGAGCUCGCGGCGGUGGAGCGGAUGCUUGUUAGAUCGCAUGGGAAGCUAGCUAAGGGAAGCCCGAAGAGUGGGGAGAGUGUGAAGCCGGUGGCUGAUUUGCCCGCAGACAAGCCUUCAGGUUUAGCAGCAGGUGAGUAGAGAGGCUAAGAAUGAAGAGGGAGGAAUUGUGUGCUCUUUUUUGGUUUUCCUUCUGAGUUUUUGUUUAGUGUAAUGGUUCUCAAUUUUCUUGUCAUGGAAAAUUAUAUAUACAUAUAUAUAUAUAUAUAUACAUAAAUAAAUAAAUAAAAGCACAGUGCGACCUCUGUCUUUCUUAUAUAUA